CUUCGCGUUACUCUUUGUUUAUUGGCGUCGGUAUUGAUUGCCGACCAGGUUUUAAAAUAAUAAUAAUAAUUUUUGUCGCAUUUAGAAUUUUGAUACAGCUCCAUUUAUUUAUGAAUGAGUCACUAUGAAAUAAACUAAGAAACAGUACGACUGGUAAUCUCCGGAAACUACCUCAAUUUUUUUACCAUGUUGAAACUUUCUAACUACUAUUAGGAGAUUUUAUGAUAAAAAGUAAUUAAAUCUUUUAUUAUGGAAACUACUGCGUUGCUUGUUGAAUCCAAAGUAGAACAGUUCAUUGGAGACGUUUUAUAUGAAGGAGAGUUGGCCGUAGCCUUCCAUGGAUUUAUUGUUCAUUCUGCAGAUGACCAGGUCAAGAUAUUUAAGAGAUAUCAGGAGAACUUAAAAAAUCUUUUGACAUCCCUCUCUGAGGCUGAACUUGCUCCAACAUUAGCCCAUUAUGUCAAAUUAUUAAGUAUUACUAAAAAUAAUCAAAAAAUGAAAUUGCUGUUCUCUCUUCUUGAUUAUGGUGUGGCAAAUAAUAUUGUUUCUGCUAGGCUUGUAUGUGAAACUCUACUGAAAUGUGAAAAUCUGGUAUAUACAAAUGAGGACUUCUGGUGCUUAAGUUUUAUGUUGAUUGAUAAAAUAAUUUCUGGUAUUGACUACAAAGGUGUGAGAGAUCUUUUAAAAACAAUCCUAGACAAAGCUCAGGGGAUAAAAUCAGCUGUUAAUGUAGCCGUGAUGAGUCAACUUCGUGCAGUUCAAAAGGUUUUAGAAACAAUAUUUGACAGAAAUGAUUGCCUGCUCCCAAGCUAUUUGAUUUUGGAUGAGCUUCAGAAAAAAUUACCUGCAAGAGGAUCUUAUCCACAUUGGAAAUUUUCCAAACUGAUAUCUGCAUUCAUUGAUAGUUUUAGACCAACUGCUCAAAUGGUUUCAGUUUCAGUUUUUAUGGAGAUCAAAGGGGAUGAGACUGCAUAUGGACGAUCAAAACUUUUACCUGUAGUUGGUCAUUCAGCAACUUUGGGCAAUGUUUGGAAAUUAGAUCCUGUAACUGCUAAAGCACCUUUGAGAGGUCUUUUACCAUAUAAUAAGGAAUUGUUAGAACCACAGACAUCACUUUUGAGGUAUGUUUUAGAACAACCUUAUUCAAGGGAGAUGGUAUGUAGCAUGUUAGGAGUAAGUAAGCAGCAAAAACAAAGAUGUCCUGUUUUAGAAGAACAGCUAGUUGAACUGAUAGUAUCUGCCAUGGAAAAAUCUGAAAAUGAACUUGAUUCAAUGGAAGAUGGUGGACCUACACAGUUGUUAUGGCAACAUUUGUCUAGCCAACUCAUAUAUUUUGUUCUUUUCCAAUAUGCAAGCUUUCCUCAUAUUAUCAUGAUCCUGCACAAUAAACUUGUUGGUCGUAAUCUGAGAAAAGGUCGGGAUCACCUUAUGUGGGUUUUACUACAGUUUAUAUCUGGAAGCAUACAAAAAAAUCUUCUGAAUGAUUUUUUGCCUGUGAUGAAGUUAUAUGAUUUACUGUAUCCAGAAAAAGAGCCAUUACCUUUCCCUGAUAUAACAAAAGCCAGUAGUACUCAUGCUCUAGCCAUUACAUCCAUUUGGAUACAUCUCAUGAAAAAGGCCCAAGUAGAAAAAGUUAAUUUACAGAGGAGACUACCUGUUGCUCUCUCUACUCAUUUAGAAUAUUUGCAAAGCAGUUUGAACAAUAAUAACUUGUCACAUACGUUAAAUACAGACUAUAGAAUUCCUCUUUUAUGCAAUGCAUAUAGUACAAAUCAAGAUUGUUUUACAAGACCUAUGGCAAUUCUAGUCGAAGCUGUGCAAGGUACUCAAAAACAACAAGCUUCACUUACUGGAGGCGCUGUUACAGGUCCUAUAAAACCAUUAUCUAUGAGUGUGUUAGAUUCGCUUACAGUUCAUACAAAAAUGAGCCUUAUACACAAUAUAGUUACACAUGUGAUGAAACUGGCUCAAGCUAAAUCAACACACGUUCUUUCUCCAGCACUUGUAGAAACUUACAGUAGAUUGUUGGUGUAUAGCGAAAUUGAAUCUCUGGGGAUCAAAGGAUUUAUUACUCAUUUACUGCCAACUGUCUUCCGAAGCCAUGCUUGGGGAAUACUUCAUACUUUGUUAGAAAUGUUCAGUUAUAGGUUGCAUCAUUUUCAGCCUCAUUAUCGGGUGCAACUCUUAAAUCACUUGCACAGUUUGGCUGCUGUUCCUCAAACAAAUCAAACACAACUUCAUUUAUGUGUUCAGAGUACUGCAUUAAAAUUGAUUGCUGGCAUGGGAAGUGCUGAAGUUCAACCUCAACUAUGUAGAUUACCAUCAGAACCAAAAUCUUUAUUGUCAAAUGAGUCUGAGGAACUGAAUAAGGUUUUAGUUUUGACUCUUGCUAGGGCAAUUCAUGUAACAGGAUCUGAAACUUUAUCUGGAUCGUGGUGUAAAGAAAUUUUAACCACUAUUAUGCAACAUACUCCUCAUAGUUGGUCCAGUUUCACUUUACAGUGUUUUCCAAAAGUUCUUGCUGACUUCUUCUAUCAUCAUCAAGCACCUAAAGAAAACAAGGCACAAUUAAAACGCUCAGUUGAAGAAGAGUAUAAAAAAUGGAAAACCAUGAGUAAUGAAAAUGAUAUUAUUUCACAUUUCUCGGGAUCUUCACCUUUAUUCUUGUGUUUGCUGUGGAAAAUGCUGUUAGACAAUGAUCGUAUUUCUACAAUUGCUUAUCAAAUAUUAGAUCGCAUUGGUGCUCGAUCGCUCUCGGCUCAUUUGAGAACAUUUGCAGAUUUUCUUGUUUUUGAGUUCGCCAUUUCUGCCGCUGGGCAACAUGUAAAUAAGUAUGUAGAUGCAUUGAAUGAUCUGAUUUGGAAGUGCCAUGUCAUCCAACUGGAUAGGCUCAUAUUGUGCUUGGCAUUACGCAGUUUUGAAGGGAAUGAAGCUCAAGUUUGCUUUCUGAUUAUACGGAUGUUGCUUCUUAAGUCUCAAGAAUUCAAAAACAGAGUCUAUGAUUUUGUUAAAAACAAUUCGCCAGAACAUUGGAAACAAUCCGACUGGCAUGAAAAGCAUUUAAUGUUCCAUAGAAUAUAUCAAGAAAAAUUUUAUUUUGAAGGUCUUCAUGACCUAAAUGCGCAACAUACUUACUUACCUGUUUAUUUUGGAAAUGUGUGUCUCAGAUUUCUUCCAGUCAUGGAUAUCGUUAUCCAUAGGUUUCUCGAACUUCCAACUGUCUCCAUUUCAGUUGAAGGUCUACUAGAUACUUUAGGAUGUUUGUACAAAUUUCAUGAUCGUCCAUUGACUUACCUUUACAAUACCUUGCAUUAUUAUGAACAAAAGCUUCGAGAUCGUCCUCCUUUGAAGAAAAAAUUAGUGUCUGCCAUUAUUGGAUCUUUAAAAGAUAUAAGACCUGAAGGCUGGGCUUUAAGUGAAGGAUAUCUUGCUUAUGUGAAUGAUACUUCUGAUGAGCUGAAUUGGAUUCCAGAUCAUGAGUAUUAUGUAAAAUUGAUUGGUCGUUUGGUUGAAACACUUGCUGGGAAGAGUCCAUUUCCUCAUACUGAUUGGAGGUUUAAUGAAUUUCCAAAUCAAGGAGCCCAUGCAUUGCAUGUCACUUGCAUUGAGUUGAUGUCCCUUCCUGUGUCCACAACCAUUGUUGGAAAUGCUUUACUAGAUGUCAUUUUGAAAGGGCGUACUGUGAUGGUUCACGCAAAUAUUGUAGCUUGGAUGAAUGCUGUUGGACUUGUCUUAACAGCUUUGCCAGAAGCCUACUGGGGUGUUUUAAAUGACCGCAUUUUAGAUGUUAUGCAAUCGCCUCUGCUGACCAAUUCCAUGCCAGACAUAGAUCCAUUUUUAAUGUUCGAUUUUGCUGGCAGCUACAAUAGUAUGACAGAGCUUCCUUGUAGCUAUUUGGUUGCUCUUACCCAUGCAGUUUGGUACCAUGCAAGUAUUGGCCAGAUUUGUACUUUAACACAAUUACUUAAAACUAAGUUCAAACCAGCUGUGAAAACUGAAGUUCAGUUUAUAUUCAUUUGUCAUUUGGUUGCACCAUUUUUACAACGCUUUUAUUUGGAGCGAACUAGAUAUGCUAUGGAGAAUCCUUGGUUUCAGAUAACUGUAGAACUGUAUGAGAUGUUGGAAACAGUAGACAAGAAUUGUGAGCAGUUGCAGUAUAUUGAUGCUGUUUGCGAUUUAUUAUAUCAUAUUAAAUACAUGUUCAUAGGGGAUGCAAUAAAGAAUGAGAUUGAAAAGAGCAUUCGAAAUCUGAGACCAGCCAUUCAGCGUAAAUUAAGAUUCAUCACACAUCUUAAUAUAGAAGAAGGAACUGCAACAUAAUUUAUUUUGAAAAUCUCAAUUGUGCGAAUGUACGAAAUCUUGAUCAAGUUUUACGAAUGGUAUUAUGAGAUUUGUAUAAUUAGAAAGAUGCAAUUCUCUUAUGUAUAUAAUCAUGGAUUAAUCAACUCAUUCUGGAAAAGUUGUUCAUUAUAAUUGACUUCGACAAAGGACUGCCGAGAGCUAGACCGGGUCUCAGGGCAAAGUACAAGCAUGGGGCAUACUACAAACCCAACAUUUACUCAACAUCCCCUUUUUUAUCCUGUACUGGCAAUGCCCUCCCCCAUGUUCUUCCGGGCUGUGGGGAUUUUGCCUUCCCUUUAUUUCUCUCGACUGUUCUGAUUCUGUAUCUGAGAUGCAGUCGAUUGUUUCAAAACUGGAUGCAUUUUUAUGUACAAAUCUGCGUCUUUGUGAGAUGUAGCAUAUAUUAUUCAAUGCUGUUUAAAGUUUUUUUAUACUUUGAAUAAAAUGUUUUUAUAU